GCGUUAAUUGGAAAUGGGGAACAUGCCUUCAUAACCACCGUCCCCCUCUCUCCCUCUUCAUUUACUGUUACUCUAAAGAGCACAUUCUAGUUAUCUGAACUGAAGAAAAUGAGCGUGUCUCCCGAGGCAAAGCUCCUCUGCGUCCCGUACAAAGAAGGCUACAGCCCCGAGAAGAUACGGAAAAAGAUACUGAGAAGACUACAGAAGUUAGAGAGAAAGUCCACGCCCAGUGCAUACGUGAAGUCCCUCCCUGGUGUCCCAGCAAAUGAAGUACUGAGCAUCGUAAGCAACUCCAAGUACAUAGCAUGUCUGCUUAAAGAUGGACGUGCCUGUAGAAUGAAGGUCUCCUCUUCGUCGAAUCUAACAAUGUACCAAGUUCCGCCCGAUUUUAAAACGGGCGGAGCAAGACCUGGUGGACCUGAGAACAGCCUACAGGUUUUAUCGGAUGCUGAGUAUGCACGUAGGCUUCAAGCCCAGUUCGAUCAAGAGAGGGAUUUUCGUCCUAACAGCAGGAUUGGACGCAGUGAUCUUGACAUCCUGCGUGGUUUGAACAGCUCGCCGUUUUCUGGGAUCCCCACACUCACUUCCAUCGCUUCUCCUCCUUCCUCUUCCGCUCAACUGAACACAAACUUCACGUCAUCAUCUCCCACUCCAGACUUCACCGCCAUCAGUAACCCCGCCUACCUCCCCGCCUCUGUUACCUUCCUUACGACCGGCUCCGGUCCGUCCGUCGUCGCUGUGCGUACCUUUAGACCGGUCGACGGUGCAUCGGUUGCCUCUCAUUCCGUCAAUAACGAUCUCAUGGAUGACAGGGACAUUGGCGAUAAGGCUCGUGAUGAUGAGGGGGCGGCCGGAGGGGGAGGGGCUGGCUCUGACGCUGCCUCUGGUGCUGCGGCCGGGAGGAAAAAGAGAGAAGAGGUGUGGCCACAAAUGGGGGAACUGGAGUGGAUGAUUGUGAAGCAGAAUCCCGAGUCUCUUGGUUCCGAUAAUCGAUUCGUCUCUAUCGCUGCUCUUCAUUCAGAGAUACUGCUAGUAGGCGGGGCAUCUGGUCAGUUAUAUUCCUGGCCUUGUGACGAGGGUGUGGUCAAUCCACAGCCACACCCACUUACAAGAGAACUUGGACUCGCUAGCGAAAGGAUUUCCUUUCUCUCCUCGAGCGAUAUUCGAGCAUCAAUCAUAACUGAAUCAGGAGGCGUGGCUACAUUUUACGAUCAACUUCUAAGAGGUUGCUCUGAAGCAGGUGCUCCUCCAUUGGUCAGUUCUCUCUCUCAUUCGCUUACUUUUCCCUCAGAAUUCACAACCGAUUCAAUCUCGUCUCUCUUUGUCUCUGACUUCCUUACCUACGUCAUUACCAAUGGAGGGAAAGUCUACUGGUGGGGACUCUGUCCUCAAGUUAAAUCUUCUUCUCCAGCAUCAUCUGAUGCUCAUUCUUCCUCUGCAGCCUCUUCCAUUGUUGAGGGCUCUUUGGUACGCCUAAAGAACGGUCCACCUUGCGGUCCUAAUGCCCUCGUCCUCCAUUGCUCCAAGACUCACGGUCCACGUGUGGGUCAGACCGUUAAUAUAAUUGAAAAGGGCAGCAUAGACCCAACGACCAGCGUAUUGGUAAAGAUAUUAAAGCAGAUGGUUCAAGAAGGCGAGGAUGGAAUGGGUAAGGUCCAGCAGUACGAGUCUCUUGAAAUAUGGAAGCAGUCCGAUGUUGUUUUUCUUGAUGAUUCUCCUGCCGUUCUUGGUAAGGUUGUGGCUGUGGAUAACAACCAGGCAAUCAUUGAUGUUUCUUAUGCCCAGCAUACUGACAUACAGACAACCUCUAAGCCUCAGAAUUCGCUCAAAGUUUAUCGACUUGCCGAGCUCUCUCUUUGUAUGGGUGUUGAAGCAACCGCUAAUGCGACCGUGGAGGCCACACCUACUUCUCACAGUCAGCCGGUCAGUCGUCACGUUGCCGGUAUCGUUCAACACGCCCCCGUGUGCAUCCUUGACCCUGCCCCUCUCCCACCCACGUCCCUCCCUCCCAUUAUUGACGACAGUAUGGGCGAGACUAAAGGUCCCUCAAUGCUGAGAGGAUUCCUUCCUGUAGCGCUCCACCCGACCAACAGUGGACCAUAUCUACUCAUCAAGAGGAUCGAAGAUGAUCAAACAUUCUUUGUGUGUACUUCGGGCACGUCCUCGGGCUUGAUUCAAAGUUCGUCUUUCGUUGCUACGGGUGGGCGAGACACAAAGCCUCAAAAAUGCACGCUAGAGGAAGAGAGUUGUCACGCUUACGAGUGUGCUCUGGAGGCUUGUCCCAGUCUUUUACCUGCUCCCACUGAGAGGGCUGUCCCUAAGCAUGCCGGGAGGAAGAGGAGAAGGAAAGGAACUCAAACGAGUAAUAACGAGACACUUUCUGUUCCUACUCCUCCAGUUCUUCAUAAAACAGCUUCAAUCAUUGACAUGUAUAACUCUGAGGUUCUCUGCAUUAAGGACGUUCACGGUGUUCUCAUUCCCAUUCCGCCCGGACUCAAACUCAAACCGGAUCCUCCUCGGUACCUGGAUCAUCUUGCUGGCUGGUUUCCAAACAGUGAUCCCGUGCUCUAUAAUUCUUAUCAUUCUCUGAUGUCCCGUCAGUAUAUGCUCAAUAAAAAUAAGAACAUGAUCAUGUUGCUAGUUGUUCCCAUUAAACAGACCCUGUUGCCUUCAGUAAUGAAAAUUGAUACGAUUUCCGUUGAGAGAAUAGUCCGCUCUAUCUCAAACACCACGCCCCCAACUGACCACUCCUCCUCGUCUCCCCCAACAACUAAUGGCGGAGACAGUCCCCCAGCACCAAAGAAGCCAGCCCUGGAGCCUGUGGCCGACGUUGAAAUGAUGGAAUCAAAAACCUCUGAACUUGAGCCGUCCUCGAUGAACGUUGAUACCGAGGAUUCCAAACCCUGUUCCAGUCCUGGUAUGGGUCUGAGUCUCUCUCCUUCAGUAUUGUACGAGUAUACUGCUCACAAUUAUAAUGUGAUGCACGUUUGUGUGGCCAGGAAGGACAGGGACGAUGAUGGAUCCAAUAAGCAAUUCAUACCUUAUAAAGGUGAUAAUGGAGCUAAUUAUCAGAGUCUCACAGCUUACCCAGAGUAUCGUGACACCAGUUUUGAGGAGCUGAGGACCAACUACUACAAUAAAGGAGGAGGCUAUGAGAUAUCCCCCGACAUGAAGAGGGAUUUCCAGGACCUUGCUUAUGCUCAGGUCAUGAUGCUGGACACCUUCCUCUCUUCUGAGACCAUCAGGAAUGACGUCAUUAGACUGUUACGUCAGAAGAAUGCUUUUGGUGAGACCCCAUUCAUGACAGCCAUUGCCUAUCAGAAUUUCACCGGAGCCUACAAGAUACUAGUCUUCAUAGAUGAGCUGGAAUCAUCCUCUGUCUCCCCCUCCCCCCUCCUCACUGAGGCCUGUCUCUCCAGAAACAGAGCAGGCAUGACACCAGUACAACUCUUCUUUGCUAGCUACAGCACUUGCUACGACAUUCAACAGAUGAAGCUCUACAUAUCAAGUCUCCCUCUCGGCUACACUGCUCAGCAGCUCCUCUCUCUUUUUAAAGAGUUCUAUCCGUCCGUUUAUAAAGCCGAGAUCACUCGUGAUUAUGAUGACGAUGAUGUUGUUGAUCCGCCGGACGAGGCCAGUGACCCGGAGUCGGACGACGGAGGAGAGGGUGGGGAGCAGGGUGCACCUGCUACUGCCAGCGCUCCUCCUCGUGUUCCUCAAGCACAGAGAAGAGGGACUAACUUACAUGCUACACCUUUAAUGGAUAAUAUACCGUUCCGUGGUAUGGUCUACUUCAGUGAUAUUUAUCAGCUAAGAGCAGCUCAUCUCGAGAUGCAGGAUUUCAGAGUCUUUGCUAAUUAUUCCAAUUCCCGUGCUGGUAGUUUUGGUCAGGCUCAUUCCGUUAGUUUUCUUGCCGUUGGAUUGGAGCCUGAUGAGGCGUGCGAGGAGCAAGGAGAUACCGACGGGGCUUUCCCCACUCUACUGGACGUGGGUCAUGGGGUAGUGUCGAGGGUAACGCCUGCUAGACGCUCAAGAACUGGAGGGCUGAGAGUUGGUUGGGGUACCUCUAAACCUCCUCCUAAUGUUGAAGCAAAGAAAGAACUUAGAAAAAAGAGAGCCUCGGCAGGACUCAGAGAAGCUUGCAAUAUUUUAUGUUCCUUUCUCUCAAGGACCGAGUUUGCUACAGCACUGGAUAAGAAUGGUGAGUCAGUCCUAGCCUCGCUCAUUCACAAUCAACGUUGUGUCGAUUUGUUCAAGUACCUCUCCUGUGCCCCUUCUUACCCUCGCUAUCGCAAGCCACUCAUUCCUUCUAAGCCGGAAAUACCCUUCAAUGAGCCACUAGAGCUCGUAAAAUCUGACACGCCCACUUCCGAUAAACCCGAAGACCCUGAGAAUCCAUCUUCUAGUCUGUGGAGACCAUUUGGGUCCGAGCCCACGCCAAAGACUGUCGUCUUGAGUUUCGGAGAAGGAGCUGCUGCUUUUACCGAAAAGUCCGAAACUCUUCCCUCGUUUACAAUUGAGACUUCAGUACAGCCUCCUUGCAAGAACUAUGACACUUGUUUCUUACACGGUAUUGAUCAUUUGAACGGCUACGAUCUACUCCACAAUACCUUCAUGACCUGGCCGGCUCAGGUUACGACUGUCUUAGGCUUCAACGCAUUCAAGCACCAUGAUACUUGGCCAACCCCAAUAUCAGUUCAGAAGCUCGACUGUUUCGUCAAGCGACUCCUUGUAAGCAACGAAAACAGCUUUGCAACUGCUUUUUUGUACACCAUGAGUCAAAAGAUUAACGCUCUUUUGGUGGAGGGAGUUGAUAUCCUCCCUAUCUAUGAGAAGGGUGGUAAUCUUGAUGGUAUGAAUGAGAAGAACCUCCCUAUGUAUGUGGCUGUGAGAUACCUUGGAUCGCUGGUUAGAGCACUGUCCCUGGAGCACAGUAGGGUGAAGGGUACACUGGUCGAGCUCCCUCCUAGCAGAGAACUGCCUGACAGAUUGAGGAGUCAAGAGAUUAAAGGGAAACUGGUUCAUGAGACUAUGAAAAAAUCCCUCACUUCCUUUUCGUGGCUUGCCAUUGAGGCAAUGGCCAAAGCAGCAGAGACAGCAUGUCUGCCGGUCAGGAUGGGCGUGGCAAAGCCUUUUGGAGCAAACUCUGUGACAUGCGAGUACCAAACAUCAACAAGAGCCUCAUCCUCAUCUCGUGCCGUGGGAGACAAGAGCAAGCACAGGAGCCUUGCACAACAGUUCCACAUACGGACAGCAGUUCGUAACACUGAGAACUCAGGGAAGACAUCUUCAAUAUCAAGUCUACCUGAGUUAGGUAUUAGACUAGUACCGAGACAGCAUGUGAACCAGUCAGGACAGGGAGAGGAGCACGAGGAGUUUGGUAUGGAUCUGUCGGACUCUGAGCUCCCUGGAUCAGAGUUAGGUAAUGAUAGUUUUGAUGCUGCGAAUCAGCGAGGGAACCAGUCAAAUUCGAGGAUGUAUGGGACUCAGCUUGACCUCUACGAGCACGAUACCAUGUCUCUCAUUAACAGCAGUAGCUCAGAGGACGAGGACGACCCAUUUGCCGAUAUAAUGGACGGUGGGUUAGGCACGCACCGUGGACGAAGGGGAAGGAGAGACGGAGAUGAUGGGAUGGACGGGAUGUACCCAUACGCCUGGGCCCUUGAUGGACGGAGGAUAGGGGAGAACACACCUGUUGUGAGACCCUCUUCACCUACUUCAAGCUUUUUUGGUCAGACGGAGAUAACCACGCCCCUCAGCACUAUCCCCAGCAUUAGAUUUGGUUCUGGGUUCCUUGCUCGUACUUUUGCUCGUAUUAUAAAGGACCUCGUCCUCAUUGUAGUCAGACUCUGCACAAGCAAAAGACCACCACUGUAUUUAAUGGAGUUGCCCCGUCAUACUAUUCAGAAGUUACUCCAGUCAACUCUGAACACGCUAGAGAAGACUUGGUCCUGGGUAACUGAUGUACUGGACGUUGCUGAAGGACAACUGCACCAAGGAAAAUCCUUUGAUACACAACGUUACGUUGCCACAUUGAGAGGUAGUAUAAGAGCCUUAUCAUCAUCAGCUUCACCCUCAGUUGUUCAGAGGAUAAUAAACAGAACGGCAAAUAAAAGUUUCAUUGGUUCCACUCCAGGGGAAUACAUGGCAUAUCUACUGCAGUGUCAGGCCAAGGGGAAUAAUGAAGGAACUAUACCUGUCAUUGAUUUAUAUGGUUAUGAACAUGUGGUAUACAUUCUUGAUGCACUUCUCUAUACUCUUGGUACGUGGCCGAAACCAGAGACACAGUUCAUCCUUAAAGACCCUCUUUCACCAGAAGAGCAGAGAGCCCUCGACGAAAAGGAGAAACAAGAGAGAGAAAAGAAGGAGAGAGAGGAGAGGGAGAGGAAGGAGAGAAGAGAGAAGGAGAGAAUCACAAGAGAGAAGAAGAUCAAAGAAGGUCGUGACCCUGAUGAGAUUGACCUCUCAGAGCCGCUCUUCAUAAGAACGGAAUCAGAGGACGAGCGUACUCAGAGAUACAACGCUGAGUUCUUUCGUACGGCCUCAAGUCCCGUGGCUCCAAAAGGUCCUUUUGAAGAGGCCUUCCCUCUCGCUAAACAGCCUCACUUGCUCCAACCAUACGCUUUGAAAGAGCAGCUGUUUGCUAGCAAUCAAGAUCAGGAGAUGAAGGACGAGGAUACUCCUGACACAUCAUCUCUCCCUGUCUCAUACUUACUACUACAAAAUAGAGAGAUCCCUCACCCCAUCACUCUCUCAUGGACUAUGGAUGAUGCCCUGAUAAGAUGGAACACUUCAGUCAGUGUCUUUGCUCACAUAUUCCUUGCUGAAGGCCCUGGAAGUGAGAGCUGUAAUUUCCUUGACACUAGAGCUGGGUUUGCUAGUCGAAUGGCGAGAUUUAGACAUCAGGUGUCUCAGUUAUUUGAGUCCACGCAGGGCGGGAGGAGUGACUGGGCCUCUGUCUCUAACACUCUCUCGAUUCGAGUUCGUCGCGAUCAUCUCUUAGAGGAUUCACUAGAGUGCCUCGGACAUCUCACCAAGUUUCAUUAUAGUCAAGUGAGGGUUAAGUUUGAAGGUGAGGAUGGAUCUGGUCCCGGAGUCAAUAGAGGCUUCUUUGCAUCUCUUGCUAAUGCACUCAAGAACAGCGACAUGAGUGUUCCACCAUGUAACAAGCUAGGCGGUCUGUUCUAUCAGCCUGGUAAAGAGCCAGAGCAGUCCGGACUCUAUUCUCCUCUUCCUCUUGUCCUUCAUCCAACAAUGUCUUCAACAAAGUCGUCGAUUCUUCGUAGCCAGAGGUCUAGCUUGUUCAGAGCCAUCGGCCGGUUUUUAGGUCUCUGCUUCUGGUUCAAGCACACCAUACCGUUCAUGCUCUGCCGCCAUGUUUGUAAAUACUUAUUGGAUAGGGACUUUGCUUGGCAUGAUUUGGCUUUUUAUAAUGCUGAUCUUUAUGACGGGCUCCGUCGGAUGAUGAUUGAUGCUAAAAGUGGCAAAACAAAAGAAGAAUUCCACGCAAUUUACUGCUGCUACUUCGAGGCUCCAGUAUGUGCUCACAAAAUAGGAGUUCAAAACCCUGAGAAUGUUUUUAAAGACCUAAUACCAGGUGGAUCAAAGAUCCCAGUCACACCAGAGCGUGUUGAAGAAUAUGUUCGCCUGUAUGCUAUGCAUGUGAUGUUAAUAUGUGUACGAGAAGAGCUAAUGGCAAUGAGAAGUGGCCUACUGGACAUUAUACCUUCAGAACUAUUGAUAGGACUCACAGCUGAAGACUUUCAACUCCUCUUAUCAGGCGAUUCUGCUAAUAUAUCACUCCAGAGGCUCAAAUCUGUCAUGAAGUUCAAUCACACUCAUGGUCGCCCCGCUACCAUCUGCGAUAGAUUUGAGAAAAUGUUCUGGAGGGUUGUGAGUCAUAUGAACAAUAAUCAGAGACAGCAGUUGUUGUACUUUGCUACUGGUAGUGCGUCCCUACCAGCAACCAAUGACCAAGAGCCUUCCUCAAUAAUUAUCAACAUUGAUGUCAUUGGUGGUAGUAACGUAGAGUCGCUCCCAGUUGCCUCUACCUGCAGCCUGCGUAUGUCCAUCCCCUUGUACCCUUCAUAUAACAUUUUGAAAAAGAAACUAAUGCAAGCCAUUCAGUGUCAAGCAUAUGGUCUAGGUUAAUUACCAAUUACUUUAUUAUUAUUAUUAUUUAAUAUUAUUAUUAUUAUUAUUAUUAAUGUUAUUAAAUUAAAUUAAAUU